CGGUAAACCAUAAAAUUAACGUAAAACGGAACGCCCAACAAUACGACGAAAAUUACAUGAAAGAAAUCAUGUGGAAAUCAUCCUGUUCACACAUUUUAUACUUUGUUGGUAUAUUACGAAAGCAAUGAUGUUUAGUGGUGAUUGUUUUUUAGUGAAAUUUAUCAGUUGUCUUAGUGAUAUAGCGCGGCGAGUAUAGGUGUCCCUAAGGUCCUUACAAAAUGUUUCAACUGUGAUUUAUUUUAAUCAUCAUGACUACAAUGAAGAAUCCUAAUUCGUCGUCUUCUAAGCUCGCACUCUUCAGUCAUAUUAAAUACGAACACCUGGUAGCUGGAAUAUCGGGUGGUGUCACCUCUACUUUAAUUCUGCACCCUUUGGACCUUAUCAAAAUCAGAUUUGCAGUGAAUGACGGCAGGACCGCUACAGUACCAAGAUAUGAUGGCCUCGGCAGUGCUUUUGUUACAAUAGUUAAAAAAGAAGGUGUGAAAGGGUUGUACCGCGGUGUUACCCCCAACGUCUGGGGCUCAGGAUCUGCUUGGGGCUUUUAUUUCUUAUUUUACAAUGCAAUAAAAACAUGGAUACAAGGUGGCAAUGCGCGGACGCCACUGGGCCCAGGGCUGCAUAUGUUGGCAGCAGCUGAAGCAGGGGUGCUGUCUCUCAUCAUGACCAACCCCAUCUGGGUGGUGAAGACGCGUCUCUGCUUGCAGUACAGCGACGAACAUCUAGCAGAUAACAAGAGAUACAAGGGCAUGGUUGAUGGCCUCACCAAAAUAUACAGAACCGAAGGCAUCAGAGGGCUAUACAGGGGUUUCGUGCCGGGCAUGUUCGGCGUGUCGCACGGCGCGCUGCAGUUCAUGACGUACGAAGAAAUGAAGAAUCGAUACAACGAGUACAGGAACCUGCCCAUUGACAUUAAAUUGACGUCGCUGGAGUACCUGUCGUUCGCGGCGGUGUCGAAGCUGCUGGCGGCGGGCGCGACGUACCCGUACCAGGUGGUGCGCGCGCGGCUGCAGGACCAGCACCGCAGCUACCGCGGCGCCUGGCACUGCGUCACCGACACCUGGAGGCAUGAGGGCUGGAGGGGUUUCUACAAGGGUCUGCAACCGAACCUCGUGCGCGUCGUGCCUGCGACCAUGAUCACAUUCCUCACAUAUGAAAAUGUAUCGCACUACAUGUUGCGAAGGGGACAACAACUUAAACUAUAAUUUUCAAUAUAAAUAGACUAAGUUAUCUGACCCGGUGCGCAUAUUUUUUUUAGAUCAGGGACCCCGUCAAUGUCAAAUAUCACAAGAUCGUGUCGUCCCGUAGGAGGCUCUUUGAAAAUAGUAUAAAUAGAGUAGGUUUUACAUGUUUUCACAUACUAAACGCUAUAUCGCCCCUCACCGGGUCAGAUAACUUUGUCCGAUUAUACGUACCCUUUGAAUCCAUUUAUUCUAUCUAUUUAGUAAUAAAAUGUCAAUUCGAUUGGUAUAUAAACUUUUAUUUAUGUUUUAAGUUCUCUUACUGUUAGGUAAACAUUAUAAUAUAAUUAUUAUUGCAAUUUUAAGAUUUAUAUUGCUUCUAAGCUGCACUCUUCAACCGUGCGUCGCCAACCUUCAACCGCGCGUCGCCAACCUUCAACUGUGCGUCGCCAAUCGAUGAUUAUAGGUGACGCCUAUGAACUGGGCAUCAUAUAUGCCUCUUAUCUUUCACUAGUUUGAAAAGAAAAAUCAUUAGAUUAAAUAAAUAAUUCAGCUCUAUUUCUAAGUAUUCAUUGACAGGCAAGUUUUUUAUAUUAAACUCAGUUAAUUUGGCCUAUGAUUAGUGAAGAUUUAUUUUAAUGUCGCAUUUGUUUUUCAAUUUACUUUUUUAAUUGUAAUAGUGCCUUUAAUUGAAGUUUUUAAAUCACUAUGAAGUACAAAUUUUCUAUUGAAAUGCGAAAAGCUGCUUGGGAUGCUAUUCUUAUUCGAUUUUAUUAAAUAUAAUUAUUUUGUGUUAUUUCUGACAAUAUAUACUCUUGAAAACAUUUACUGGUAAAACCAAAGUGUUAAUCUAAGAUUUUUUUUAGUAAUUAUCAUUUAAGGAUUUUGUUCAAAUGACGUGACGUGUAUUGUGUUGAAUAUAAUUAUUUAAACACAAAAACCAAUGUUAUGUACAGUGGAAUUAUGUUUUUGGGGUUAAUCGCACAUAUUUCAAAUUAUUAGACUAUUGUAAGUUAAUUAUUAUUUUAAUUUAGUUUUUUAGGCUGUGUUAAAGCAUGUUCCUUAUUUAGUUAAUAAAUAAUUACCCUCAAAAUGUAUAUCUUCAUCCAGCUUUGUCAUGGUCAAAAUUAGAAAAUGGCCUAUAACAAAAGUUUCUGUUGAACGUAAUUUUAAUUUUGAAUGUAGAUGAAGUUCUAGUUAGUUACCGUAAAUUAAGGUUUUGCUAAAUGCUUUUGGGUUGUUGAAAUAUGAUUUAAGGUAAUGCCAUUUUUGUUUUAUUAAAUUGCUUAAAAACGUC